ACUGUUGGGGAUGACCCACAGUAUUGGUGAUACCUGGGGGGCAGUGAAACAGACAGGUCCGGUGGUCCGGGGAAGCCGCUGGUCCGGCCGGCAGGGAAUCUAGAACGGAGGUCUGGGCCGCGACCCUGACCUAGCCUUUCUUCUCCGUCUGGCGUCAAUCUCCUGCCAUAGCCCCCGGACCGUUGCCCAACUAACGACGGAGUAUAUAAGGCACUGUGAGCGUUGGUAGCCACAUAACUCUCACUUUCCACCGUCCGUCGCUGCUUCCUCCUCCUCCUACCAUCAGGGAUCUUCACCAACAAGGCUGAAGUUUGGUUCUUUCUCUAAGAGGAUUUUUGAGAAAUUUCCGCUGACAAUGAAGAUAAUAAGGCAGCUUAUAGUUGCAGCUGCCAUAGGCGUGUGUUUGGCCCAGCAAGCCUACCUGCCUCCAACCAACGGCUUCAACGGCAACGGGGGGAACGGAAAUGGUAAUGGAGUCAACGGCAAUGGUGUUUAUAGUAAUGGAAAUGGCAACGGGAAUGGGGUAUUAGUUAAUGGGAAUGGAGGAGUUGACGGAAAUGGAAAUGGUGCAGUCAGUGGAAAUGGUAAUGGAGGAUAUACCAAUGGUGUAAACGGAAAUGGGAAUGGUGGCUACACAAACGGAAACGGAAAUGGUAUUAGUAACGGAAAUGGUAAUGGUGGUUACACAAAUGGUAAUGGAAAUGGUGUUCACAUAAACGGCAACGGAAACGGUAAUGGUGGUUACACAAACGGCAACGGAAAUGGAAAUGGCGUUCACGCAAACGGAAACGGUAAUGGUGGUUACACAAACGGCAACGGAAAUGGAAAUGGCGUUCACACGAACGGCAACGGUAAUGGCGGUUACACAAACGGUAACGGAAAUGGAAAUGGUGUUCACUCAAACGGAAACGGUAAUGGUGGUUACACGAACGGCAACGGCGGCUACACAAAUGGCAAUGGAAACGGUAUUCACACAACCGGCAGCGGCAAUGGAAAUGGUGUUCACACAAACGGCAAUGGGAAUGGCAAUGGUGGCUACUCCAACGGAAAUGGUGCCUUCCUUAACGGAAACGGACUAGAGGAUCCCAUCACCGCCCUGGCUACUGCUGUAAGAGGUGAACCCGGCGUGGACUAUCCCAUCCUGGCUUCCGUACCCGACACAGGAUUCUCCUGCGGUGGACAGAUUCCUGGAUACUACGCUGAUAUUGCCCAAGAGGCCGGCUGUCAGGUGUUCCACAUCUGUCAGGCAGAUGGCAGGAGCGACUCUUUCCUGUGUCCCAACGGUACCAUCUUCAACCAGCAGUACUUCGUGUGUGACUGGUGGUACAACUUCGACUGUUCUACCGCCCAGCAGUUCUAUGGUCUCAAUGCUCUGAUUGGUGUUACCAAUGGCAAUGGUUAUUCAAAUGGCAUUGGGCUUACCAAUGGUAAUGGUAACGGAUACACAAAUGGCAAUGGACUCACCAAUGGUAAUGGACUCACAAAGAGUAGUGGUAAUGGAUACACUAAUGGGAAUGGACUCACCAAUGGUAAUGGAUUCACCAAUGGCAAUGGACUCACCAAUGGCAAUGGACUCACCAAUGGCAAUGGUAUAGGAUACACUAAUGGCAAUGGGCUCACCAAUGGCAAUGGACUCACCAAUGGUAAUGGACUCACCAAUGGCAAUGGACUCACCAAUGGCAAUGGUAAUGGAUACACUAAUGGCAAUGGACUCACCAAUGGCAAUGGACUCACCAAUGGUAAUGGACUCACCAAUGGCAAUGGACUCACCAAUGGCAAUGGACUCACCAAUGGCAAUGGUAAUGGAUACACUAAUGGCAAUGGACUCACAACUGGCAAUGGACUCACCAAUGGUAAUGGAAAUGGAUACACUAAUGGCAAUGGACUCACCACUGGCAAUGGACUCACCAAUGGUAAUGGUAAUGGAUAUACCAAUAGCAAUGGGCUCAGCAAUGGCAAUGGCCACAGCAAUGGAAAUGGUUAUACAAAUGGUAAUGGUAUUACAAAUGGUAAUGGUGUUACAAAUGGUAAUGGUAUUACAAAUGGUAAUGGAAACGGCAUAAACGGAAAUGGUUACACUAACGGAAAUGGAAUUAAUGGCAAUGGGGUUAAGGCUAACGGAAAUGGCUACACAAACGGCAAUGGCGUAAAUGGCAACGGGAACGGAAGUAGUGGCAAUGGAAAUGGUUACGCUAAUGGGAACGGAAGUAGUGGUAACGGAAAUGGGUCUACUAAUGGUAAUGGCGUUAAUGGAAAUGGACACACAAAUGGUAAUGGGUACAACUAUCUAGCUCCAGCGUAAAUACCGUGACCUUCACUCUCAAGUUUCUGUCUCUGGAACAUGUGAAGCUGCGAAGUGUCCACACUUGUGUCUCCAUGAACUGUAGAAGAGACUGAACAGGGUUUUAUCUGCCUUUUUGUAGCUCUUCUCUUCGACAGCUGCCGAGAGACAGCAUUGUUUCUGCCUUUCUGUGUUUAUUGUUAAAAUAGCCAGGUUAUGAGAGACCCUCCUCAGCUUGCAGCUGAUGCUUGAUACACCGUCACUCCCGAGACUCUUAGCUCUGACGUACUCAGCGGAGCGUUAGCUAUUCUCUCUCUCUCUCUCUCUCUAUCUCUCUCUCUCUCUCUCUCUCUCUCUCUCUCUCUCUCUCUCUCUCUCUCUCUCUCUCUCUCUCUCCCUCUCUCUCUCUCUCUCUCUCUCUCUCUCUCUCUCUCUCUCUCUCUCUUUCUUUCUGUCUAUCUCUCUCUCUCUUUCUCUCUCUCUCUCUCUCUCUCUCUCUCUCUCUCUCUUUCUUUCUCUCUGUCUCUCUCUCUCUGUCUCUGUCUGUCUGUCUGUCUGUCUCUCUCUCUCUCUCUCUCUCUCUCUCUCUCUCUCUCUCUCUCUCUCGUAGACUUAUGAUCAAUGAUGUUUAUGACUGUUUAUCACCUAUCUCAAAAAUAACUAAUUUUCGUAUUUCCAGUCAUUAUCAUUUUCACCUCUGUUUCCUGAACUGUUCCUCUUCUUCUUCCUGCAGUUCUCUAUGUUAAUUAUUAAUAAUGAUGGUAGGAACUCAGAGAGUAAAUAAUAUAUUAUGAAUUUUAUGACAUUUUUCUCCUGUGCAAAGUACUAAGUAUACUUGUGCCAUAU